UGUGAGAGAAUGGGAGGUAGUGAACGUGGCUGCCAGACUCGACACUAUUUUGUCUGGCCAGCAACAGCAACAUUAUCAUCAAUGAUUCACCCUUGAGGAGGAGACAUACAAUGUCAUUCAUCUCCAACUUAGUAAUGAUCAGUUGCUGAACCCAUAGGUCAUUGAGGCUGAAGAAGUAAUAAAGAUCCAGGCAGGCAGUAUGCUUGAGGGUUUGGCAACAUGGGUCCUCAACAACUACUUGGGGAAAUAUUUGGAGAAUUUACACACAGACCAGUUAUCAAUUGGUUUAUUGAAAGGAGAAGUUGAACUGGAAAAUGUACCUCUACGAAAGGAUGCUUUGCGGCACCUGGACAUGCCAGUCGAGGUCCGCACUGGAUUUGUUGGGAAAAUAAAACUUCAGAUACCAGUUUCACGUUUACGCUCGGAACCAUGGGUCAUUAUGUUCGAGCAGCUAUAUCUUGUGGCAGGACCUGUAAAACUGGAGGAGUUUGAUGAAGAAGCAGAAGAAGCAGCAUUUCAGGCUCGCAAAAUUGCCCAACUUGAUGGUUUGGAAGCUGCAUGGAGAGCGGACCAAGAAGCUCGACAUGAAGCUUCUCACUAUGCCAAUUCUUACUCCUCAUGGCUCAGCUAUGGCACUUCAUUCUUAACAAAUAUAAUUGAAAAUAUUCAGCUGAAAAUACGUGAUGUUCAUCUGAGGUAUGAAGAUGACCAAAGUAUUCCUGGACAAGUCUUUGCUUGUGGCCUCACAAUUGACUCGCUUGCUCUUCAGAGUUCUGAUGACCACUGGAUCCCUAGGUUUGUGUAUGGUGGAAAUUCCAAGAUGGCCUACAAGUUGCUCGAAUUGACAAACAUGGGAUUAUACUGGGACACCUCUGCUGAUGUCUACAGUAAUAAGUCUAUUGGGGAAUUAGCAAGUCUGAUGUUUUCUGCCAUUGGAAAAUGUGAUCAUGAAUAUUUACUGCAACCAGUUAGUGCCACAGCCUGUGUGAAACGCAAUUUGAGUGAAGCACCUCUUCGAUCUCGUUCAUCUCCCCGAAUAACAUGUGACCUUAAAUUGGAAAAGUUCCCUCUCAGUUUGAGUGAAUCUCAGUAUCGGCAAGUAGUGAAGUGGAAUAAAGAAUAUGAUCGCUUAGAAAAAGCUCGUCACUAUCGAAAAUGGAGACCACGUUGCUCAGUGAAGGAUAAUCCUUAUGAAUGGUGGCAGUAUCCUAUUCAGUGCCAUUUAGAUAAAAUUCAUAAAAAAUAUUCUGGUCGAAAUUGGUCUACUGCACAAGAGAGAGCGAGAAAUAUUGUCAGGUACGUGAAAGUUUAUAGUGAGCAUCUUAGAAAUCCUGCUACAGUAUCAACUGACUGCAAAGCACAUAAACUUCAAGUUGAACAGGAAUUAAAUUUUAAUGAACUGCGCUCUUUAAGAGAGAUUGCCAUGGAAAGAGUUGCACGUGAACUUGAAUUAUUGCAGGAAACAAAAUCUCCUACUUUAAUUAUUCCUGAGGAACAAACAUCUCCCAUACAAAAUGGAGAAGGUAUUCUUCAGCGUUGGUUUCCAGCAUGGGGAGGCUGGUAUACCUGUGGUGAAAGUUCAACUCCUACAUCACCGCAAGAUAAUCUUCAAGCAUCUAGUAUCCCAACAGGACACGUGUUACAACCUGCCAACAAAUCCCAUGACAAUGAGGAAUUAGAAAAACAACCUUCGGGGUCCUUUGAAGAGGAAAUUUUAUAUGUUCUUUCUGACACUGUUGAAAACAAUACUUUUAUGAAAAGAGAUGCAGUAUUUUGUCAGCUAAGCUUUACACUCAAACAAAGCACUUUUACUCUUUCAUCCAACACAUCACCAGUUCCUGGGAGCAACACAGAGGAAAAAGAAAAAAUGACUGUAUUGUUUGAAUUAGAAUUUGCUAAUGUCAAGAUGGCAUUAGAGUCACGACCAAGAAGCAAGUCCUACAAAUUUGAUCUUGAACUAGGCUCCUUGAAUUUAAGAGAUAAGGUUACCCAAGAGUCUGUAUUUCCUUUGUUGGUAACUCCUCAAAAUAGAGUUUUGGGAUCAACACUCUCAGCCACCAUGUCAAAAACUUCCAUGUAUGCCAAGCUAACAAACAUCAUGUCUCCAGUGCAAACCAAAGCAGAAGGUCCCCUUUUUUCUCUCGUUUAUGAGUGUCGGCCAUUUAACUCCAAAGCUGAUCAUAAGCUAAUUGUCAGCUCAUCAGCUUUAGAUGUCGUAUAUAAUCCUUCAGCACUAGAAGCCAUUAAAGCCUUCUUUACAACCCCUUAUCAGAAGAAAGAUGAUGUUGGAUAUUUGCCUCAGAUGACAGCUCUGACUUCAGCUGCUAAGAAAAGGUAUGAAGAACUAAAAGAGCAAACAAAGCAAGAGUUAAAAAGGAACUGGGACCAGAUUAUAGAAGGAGACUUGAUGACAAGAAAGCAUUGGGAUAUAGAGUUGGACAUUUCAGCACCACAAAUCAUCAUCCCAGAACACUUCAGAGAUAAAAAUGCAACCCUGGUUGUACUGGACUUUGGGAAACUAAUAUUCUGCUCUGCCAGACCCUUGUCCCACACGAGACUGAAAGAUGAACUGGAUAUGGCAAGUGAUGAUGAUGAAUUUGCCACUCCAUGUUCAACUCCGGAUGAGCUUGGAGCUAUGUCACCACGUGAUAGAGGAAGAGAUGGCAGUGAGAGAAAAUAUUCACUUCCAGAAGCUUAUUCACAGAUCUCAGAAUCUUUGUUGUAUGACAGAAUGUAUGACAAGUAUGAUCUUCAACUGUGUGACAUGCAGAUUUUAGUAGGGAAAGUUCGAGACAAUUGGAGGUUUGCAUAUGUGAAAGGCACAGGUCAGAUGCAUGUGUUGGAUCGGUUUAGCAUCAACUUACAGCUUGAGCGGCGUGUGGUGGCAAUGCCAGAUGCACAGCAGCAAUGGCCAAGUGCUACAUUAGCCGGUACUUUGCCAAGGCUAGUACUGCACAUAAAUGAGCAGAAAGUUCAAGCUUUACGAUCAAUGGUGUCAAAGUUUUAUAGCGACCAGCCUCUUGAAGCAACAAGGAAAGAUUCUGCAGAGGUAAAUAGCAUCAGCAGCUUAAGUCGGUCCAGCACACUAAUGUCCGGUGAUGACCAAGGUGAAGAUGACUCCAGUAAAGAAACAUCCUCAUCAACAGAUGAAGGAAAGCUUCUAGUUAUACAAUUCACAGUGGAUAAAUUGUCUUUGGAGUUGCAGUCACGGGGAAGAAGUAUUGCCGAACUUCAGGUCACAGGAGUUAGAGCAAAUUUAAACAAGCGUCCAUUUGACUGCACGGCUACUUUGAGUGUCCAUUCUCUACUCCUUGUAGAUGCAUUGCAGACUUUCGGACCUGACUUUGAGCUUCUUGUUGCAAGCUCUCGGAAUGUGAGUUUGGACAGUGUAAGUGGAAGCCUUUUGGACAGUGAGCCAUGUUCACCCACAUCGCCUGCCUCUCCAGAUCACAAUGCUCCCUUUAAGCCAACUUCUCCUGUAACCAUCAGUCAUGCUAUUUCAUCAUAUGCAGCUUCCAGAGCACACUCGCCACUUCCAUCAUCACGUGGUGUCUCAUCUCCACCACUAAUCAGUUCACCUAUGUUUGGUGGACUGGGUAGUGCCAGGGGAGGAACAUUGUCAUUCAUUGAAAAUAGAGACUUUGAAGCUCUAAUAACGCUGGAGGUGACGUAUGUCUCAGCACUCUGCCCGUCACAGCAGGGUGCUGGCUCACUACUGCUAGCUUCAGUACAGUUCAAUACAAUUAACAUCAUUGCCAAUCAAGAAACAGUAGUGGAACUAGUGGGCUUUAUCCAUCAAUUAUUCCCACAUCAACCUUCCUCUGUCAUACCUCGUAUGCAUCCUCAUCUUUCUGCAUCUGCUGUCCCUGCCACACCCACUACUUCCGUUUCACCAGGGAAAGAGGAUGUAGGUAGUGUCUCUCAGACAACAAGCAUGCAUCAAGCAGCUCCAGAAAAGAAUCCAAUUCGAGCUGAAGUCAGCUUUGAUUUCCAUAAGUUAAAUGUUCUUCUGCUGCGAGGAGUAUACAAAGAUAAAGAUCUAGUGGGACGAAAAGUUGGAACUGCAGUUCUUUUGGAUGCCAAGAUACAGGCUACUGUUGACAGUGAUAUUCUAACAGUUGAAGCCCUAGGAGGAUUCCAGGUUCGAGAUGAUCCGUUUUCUCGACUGAGCAGUGAUAUCUAUCGGUCAUACUCAACCUCAGAAAAUACAGUUCGGGCAUUCAGCUUUACUAUUAUCCGUCCACUUGCAUUCUCCACUCCAGUUUCACAAAGUACGUGUUCGAACUUCAGUAUAUCGUAUUUGUCUUAUUAUCAUUUGUUAGUUUAUUUAUAUAUUAGGAGUAUGGAAGAAGUGAAUGUUUUCAGAUACUUGGGAGUUGACGUGUCAGUGGAUGGAUUUAUGAAGGAUGAGGUUAAUCAUAGAAUUUGUUGGGGAUGCCCAGAACUUGACUGUGAACUGCGACUGGCAUUUCAUGGGUUUGUUUCACUUUCAAUAAAGCAUGCUGCUACUGAAAUGGCAAUGGGUCUUGUUAGUAAAAGGAUUGAGUCAUUUGCUGGCUUGUCCAGUAAUCAGUGGGAAGCUUCCCCUCGUCAUCGUCGGAGAAUGAGCUUCUCACGCUCGACUGAUACUUUAAACCUACCGGUACCUCCACCAGCUUCUGCUUCAGGUUCAUGCUUUAGUCCAGCACAUGAAGAGAGCACUGACCUACCUUUUUCAUUUGACAUUGCCAAGUACCAGGUGAUGGUGCGAGACAUGAGCCUCUUCUCCUUGAAUGUUGAGGAAAGACUGAAGAGCAAAGAUAGCUCCUUCCAGUGGUUACAUCCAUUGUCAACGAGAGUGAUGUGUGCUGAGGAGCUGUAUAGCUGCCAGGAUCAUGGUCAUCCUAUAUUGCAUAACACUACUCUAGAGAUAGGGCUGAAAUAUGAGCAAGGAGCUUUUCUUCUGGCAGACCAUGACUCAGGCCUCUACUUUCCCAACGAUAUCUUCGUAGAUCUUGAUCAUCCUCCAUCUCGUGACUGUGUCCAGAUUGAUGGCGGUAUUAUAACUCCACUGAAAAUUAGUGUUUCUCGUCAGCACUAUAGACAGUUUGUGAGGACCUUAUCCAACCUGUCAUUCACUGACAUGGAACAAGCACCAGAUCGACAAAGUUUCAGCUGUGCUCAUGAGGAGGGUUCUGGUGUUGCAUCAGAAAAAGUGCAGCGAUCAGAGAAUGCUCAGGCAUCAUUUGAGAAAGAUGCAGCCCCAAUUGCAGUGAAAGGAUCUUUUUCUGUACCAAACAUGUGUGUUGAGCUCCGAGGGGAUGUUGGAGAGAGAGAGAAACCACUUGUUAAUCUUCUUCUGGAAGAAAUCAAUGCUACUUAUGAGGCAUGUGAACCUUACAAAACAACAUUCCCCCACAAUACACAUUUACUAAAAGUCCCUUUUCUCCACCGCCCUCCCAACUCCAGGGGAAGGACCCCAUUUCACUCGAGCCCUUUCUCUACUCUUGUCAAAAUUACGAUAUUAAAUGUAGACAAGAGAUGCCCAGAAUUUCACAGUAAAUAUGAUGGGACGAACAGAUUCAUUGAUGUUGACUUCAACAGUCUUAAUACAGUCAUCAAUAUCUCAUCAUGGGUCAUGGUGCUUGAUUUCUUCAGUACUGAGCUAGAGGACAGUGUUCUCAAUCAAACUAGUGGACAGAGUUCUCCAGACACUUCCAAGAUGUUUGUUCCUAAAGUUGCAGAAGAGCUGAAUACUAUCAUGGAGAUAAAAGUGCACUCACUGACUCUCAUCCUCAACAAGACUGACUGUGAACUGGCACGUGCAAAUAUCUCUCAGGUCCUGGUCCGGUCAGUUGGAUCAGAGGGUAAUCUGACACUUACAGGUCGCUUAGGAUCGCUCUCUCUCAUUGAUCUAACAAAUCAUGGGGACUUAUACCGUGAGAAAUUUAUUACUGCUGGAAAUGAAGCAAUGACUUUCCAGAUAUUUAGAUAUGGACAUGAGGAUCCCGACAUACAACGUGAAUGUGAUAUUCGAGUGAAGCUGAAGAUGUCAUCAGUGAUGUACACACAUACUCAGCGCUUCGCAUUUGAGUUAACACAGUUUGUGCAACAAUUUAACCAGUUGAGGGACAUUGUAUCAAGAUGGAGAGCCACAAGUGCUGGCCUAAAGGUGGCUGACUAUAGCCGAGGUUCCCGUGUAUCCCUAGACAUUAGUGCUGGAUCCCCUGUGAUAUUCUUGCCUAUGUCCAGCUCUUCAGAAACUCUUCUAGUUGCUGACCUUGGAAGCUUGACCAUCUCUAAUAAGUUUCUUUGGGCUGGUUCUAAGGGAACUAUUAGCCAGGUACACCAUCAGAAUGUGGAGGAGAGAAAAAUGAAUCUGUGUGGGACGCCUUCCAGCAAGUCCACUUCUAGGUUAACCAAAACUCGAUCUCGAUCACAGAGCCGUCACCGAGAUGUUGGUGUUUCUUGUGCUAGUGAUUCAGAUGCUGAAGGAGACCAUAGAGAGAAAACAACUAUAGGGAGCAAUUCUGAGUUACAAAAGUGCCUUUUGGAUGUAAUGUUUAUUGACUUAGUAAAUAUGGAUAUUUACACAAGCAUACGAUUAUCAAGACAGAAGUCUGAAUUGGGAGAGAGAAAGCCACAUUCUUCAUUCUCAGGAAAGGAGAAGAAAAAGAAGAAGAAAGAAAGAGAAGAAAGCAGAAGUACCAGGGAAAGUGUUGAAUGGGUUUUUGGGUCAUACAGUGUAAUUCGCCAGGGCAUUUCCAUGCUGCGUGACAAAUGUGCUCUCAAGUUACAAGUGGAAAGAAAUCUUGAUACAGCUCUCGGUCACACAGUGCCUGAUAUAAGUGUUCAUGGAAUGGUGAAAAAGGUCCAUGCCACCAUUAAUACCUUAGAUUACAAAUUAAUUCGGGGACUUCUAAUUUUCAACUUGGGAGAACCUCUUCCAUCUGUACCUCUACGCACCCAUCUAUGCAGCUCACAACCUCAGCAACAGUGGCACUCGCUAGAAUCUGUUUGGACUUCUCUGAGCAUCAUUCUCAACUUGGACAAUGUGACACUUGAGCUAGAAAGCAGUGUUGAGGAAAACAAUAUUUGCUCCCCUCUUGCUUGUAUCAAUUUCAUCAGUUCCAAACUGACCUACGAGAGCUUCUCUGAUGAGUCCAAGGAUGUUGAUUUGGUCUCACAAGAAAUUUUGAUUAGUGACACCAGAUUUGAGGGUUUUCCAGUGAAUAAGCGUUCCAAUAUUUUCACCAAUAUUUUGCAACCUACACCAUCAAAGAGUGCAAAAAACAGCAGCCAACUUCAAGCAGAGGUUCAUUACAGAUCAACAAAAAAUGUGACUAGAUUUACAAUUUUGCUGAACAAUAUGCGUUUAAUGGGUAUCCUGGACUGGGGGAUGGAAGUUCUUGAUUUCAUUUACAAGACUCCUGAUGACCCUUUCCAUAAAGAAAUAAAAAGUGGAGAAAAUUCUGUGGGAGACCAUGGUGCAUCCAGCACUGCUGGAGUUAACCCAUUACUCAGCCCCUCAUUUGGUCAUUCCUCUCAUACACAAGCUGCACAGCCUCAGUCUCCUAGGUCACACUCACCUGGACUAUCCUUUCCAAGGAACAAGACUGUUAGGUGCACUACACCUAAGAUAAACCCUAUGGUAGAGUCCACAGGGGUUAUGACUAAGCAUGCCAUUAUCCAGGAACAAAAUAAAACACCAUUUGAGCUGAAGUUAAACAUUACCGACUCAGAGCUGGUGGUAGUGGAGAACACAGCUGUGUGGGACACCAAUGCUGUCAUUCUUAAGAGCACAGCAGUGAUCAGUUACCGACCACAUCACCAAGAGCGACCACUGUCAUGCAACUUAAACCAGUGUGAGUUAUACUCCUGCAUCCUAGGUCUUGAAGAAGAUACUGCACUCUCCAUAAUAGACCCAGUCACAAUCAACAUAGAAGUCAGUGAUCGACUGGGUCAUAAGCAACUAGUGGAUAUAUCUAAUGUAUCCAUGUCAGUUCAACACACUGUGGAAGUAAGAAUUACAUCACAGAACACCCAUGAGCCAGCCUUGCAUGAAGAAACACCCACUGAGCCAGCCUUUCAUGAAAGAACACCUACUGAGCCAGCCUUUCAUGAAGGAACACCCACUGAGCCAGCCUUGUGUGAAAGAACACCCACUGAGCCAGCCUUGCACAAAGGAACACCCACUGAGCCAGCCUUGCAUGAAAGAACACCCAAUGAGCCAGCCUUGCAUGAAGGAACACCCACUGAGCCAGCCUUGCAUGAAGGAACACCCACUGAGCCAGCUUUGCAUGAAGGAACACUCACUGAGCCAACCUUGCAUGAAGGAACACUCACUGAGCCAACCUUGCAUGAAAGAAUACCCACUGAGCCAACCUUGCAUGAAGAAACACCCACUAAGCCAGCCUUGCAUGAAGGAAUGCCCAUGAGCCAGCCUUCCCAAGUGGACAAGCAUUCAACUCUUGGAUUUAAAAAAAUGGACUACAAACAUGAUUUAGAAGAAUGUGAGGGAAGUCUUGAUGAUGAAGUUCUUUGUCAGACCAACAAUGUCCUGCCAGUACAUGCUCCUGUAGUAGCACCAACUGAUGCAAAUAAGAAGAGUGCUAUUAAUUUCCAUGCAAUAGAAAUCAAGACAGGAAGUGUCAAUAUAUGUGUUAUUGAUGACUGUGGUGACUGUGAUGUACCUCUGCUAGAAAUUUCACUCUCGCACUUGGGCCUAAAGCAGGACUGGCAAGGGCAAGGUUCUGCAAGCUGCUCUUGCUCAGUUGAUUACUAUAACCGUGCUCUCUCUGGCUGGGAGCCAUUUUUGGAACCCUGGCUGUGUGAAGCAGAAUGGAAUAAAAGUCAGCCCGAUGAUCAAGGAGAACGACUGACUAUAAACUUGAAGACUUAUGAUACUGUAAAUGUUAACAUCACCCACACACUACUGGAGCUCUACCAGAUGGUGAAAAAUAACUGGACAUUAGACUAUUAUAACAGAGACAGGUUAGAUGUAGAGUGCAGUUUGGUUUCAAAUGCAAAAGGCUAUUCAUCAAUGGUAGUUAGUCCUCGAGAAUAUCGCCGUCGUUCUCCAUUUAUACCCUUUGCUCUGAAGAAUGACACUGGCUGUGACCUUUCAUUUGCUACAGUGACAUCUACACCAGAUAGUAUGGCAGAAAUGGAAAACCUAGCUCUGAAUCAAAUGCCAAAGAUGGAUUGGAUAUAUGUACCUGCAGGGCAAAUUAUACCAUUUUCCUUUGAGGGCCGUGGGAAGCAACGUCAUCAUGAUACCCAUGAACUGAAGGCUCAUCAGUUAUUAGUAAAGGUGGAUGGGUGGCAGCCUGUUGGACCUAUUACAGUGGAUAAAGUUGGAGUCUUCUUCCGAUUAGCUUCUUCACAACCUUCAGCUGCCACAGCACUUAGUUAUGAACUACCAAGUGCUCGGGUGAUAGUUGCAGUGACACUUGAUGGAUCAGCUCGAAAAUUAGUAACUGUGAGGUCAGCCUUGCUUCUUACAAAUCUUUUGAAUUGCCCAGUUGACAUUCAACUGGACAACUCUGCUCUUAGUUUUGGAGCUUCAACCCAGCUAAUCAAGCGAAUGGCACCAGGUUCUACAUAUCCUGUGCCUCUCAAGUUUGUAGAGUUACAGAUUAAUGUUCGGCCUGUUCCUGACCGCUCCAAAAGCGUCUUUAGUUUUUCUAACAAGCCUGUGUUUUGCACCGGUUUACUGAAAUUGGGAUGUUUAGAAGGGGGUGUCAGACAAAGUCAUGCCCUCAACAACAAUAAGGAACAUCCAUUUAGAUUUUGUGCUCAUGUUAAGAGAGAGAAUUUUCCUGUAGAUGCUCCUCUUCCUACUCCAUCAAACUCCACACAUGCAACUUCUCGUCAAAGUGAAUGGGUUCAGCCUGGUCACACUAUUGUAUUGAUAAGCCCAUUGACAUUGGUAAAUCUUUUACCUUAUGAUAUACAUUAUGAAAUGAAGGCAACAGAAAGCCAUGGUAGAGUCAAGCCUGGAGAAGAUGCUUGCUUGCAUUCUGUUGACCCCACAAAGAGCAUAUCGUUGUCUAUAUGGACAGAUACACUUCAUUCAUGUGGAGAGAUCACUCUGAAUCCUGCAACAUCGCCAUAUAUGAUGACCCUUAAACUUCAAGACAUUCAGAAACGCUUCCUCUAUGUUAAUCUGAAAAUUCGACCACAGUAUGGAGGUGCUCUUAAGGUGAUUGUGUAUGCAGGAUACUGGUUGAUCAACAAAACAGGCCUGCCUCUUAUCUUCAAACAGGAAGGAGUAUCAUCUGAUGCUGCUGGCCAGGACAAGGAACAUGAAGUUGCUCGCUGUGCAGCCCCAUUACUCUUUUCUUUUACUGAUCGUGAUGCCAGUCCCAUGCUGAUUUCUCGAGUUGGUAGCCAGUUGCAUCCCGAUUCACGUCCACAGUUCUGCCACAAACUGCCCUUGACUCAAGGAACGUGGGUGAGGCGACUAAGAGUAAGCCCUCCUGAUACCCGUCCUGACCACGUUUAUAUUGUUGGUAUCGAUGUGAGACCAGGUCGUGGCCGUUACAGAGAUACUUAUGUGGUCACGUUUUCACCCAGGUUCCAGAUUGAAAAUAGAUCUUCACAUGAGUUAAUUAUUGCCCAAAAGUGCUUCACAACUUCAUUUACUGACCCACGUGCCCAGUCUACCUGGUUACAUGCUAUCCCAGGCUGCUGGCUUCCCUUCCAUUGGCCCCGUCUUGACAUGGAUCAACUCUUGUGUAUCUGCCUGCGAGACAUUCCAGGAUGUUAUUGGUCUGGUGGCUUUUUCAUUGAGAAGAUUGAUUCUUUCUACCUCAAUAUCAGGGAUAACAGUGGCCAUUGUUUCUUCAUGCGUGUCGAAGUGAUCAUCAACGAGGCCACAUAUUUCAUUGUCUUCACUGACGCAGAAUCUCUUCCACCACCUUUUCGUAUUGACAAUUUCUCAGAGGUUCCAAUCACUUACUAUCAGACAGGCACACAGGAGGAACGCUUAAGAACAAUAGUUAAGCCUCGAACAUGUGUAGCAUAUGCAUGGGACGAAGUCACCUUACAGCCCUAUCUUACGUGUAUUGCUCCUGGUGGAACAUCAGCUACUUACAACAUGAAUGUUCUUGGCAAAGGAGCAACACUCACUUACGAAAAUUUUAUCUACAUUGCUUUUACUGGAACAUUCCAACAAUUGUUUGGCAGUAAUGAGAGUGCAGAGACUGGGAAUGUAACCUUUGAUCCAACAGCAGUCGAAUGCCAGCAGUUGGUCCUUGAUGUGCCAGAGGGAACCAGGGUAAAAUUAGCUCGAAAAGAAAUAGGAAAAAGAUCACAGCUCUGGCGAAUGACAUCUACAGGAAUGUUACAGCAUGAAGGAUCGUCUCCCCCUCAUGACCCCACUAGCAAGAAAUCUAGGAAAAAUAGCAAUAUUCUGGUUUUAGAUAUAGCUGGCCCUGCACCUCAGCCCACAGAAUACACUCCACUCAUGUUGAGAAAACCUGAUGAUCGCCGAAGACUAACACAAACAUGGCGUUUUACCGAAGAUGGUCGACUAUGCUGCAUCCAUGUCAACAUGUUUGUCCAAGCUAAAGAUGGAUUCCUUGGACUUGCUGCAGAAUCUCACUCUGGUGGCUCUUGGCAGUUUUGGAAUGAUGUGGUUUUAGGUCCACCUCAACUUGUUCACUAUGGCACAAUGGGAAAUGGUGUCCCAUUGGAGCAGGCCAUUUCUAGGCAGCGUUUAAGGCCUGGUUCAGGAAUACUUUUAGUGAAGGUAGAUACAGAUGGUCCUACACGUGUCCUGCAAAUAACUGACAUCCACACUAAGAGUACCUCACUAAUGGCUCGAACAGAAAGUGGUGACUGGGUGAGUUUCAGUGAGAAAGGGGGAACUACCACCAUCAAGAAGACAAGCAGAUCAAGUACACAAACCAGCAAUGACUCCAAAAUAAAAGAAGUGCAAAUUCAGCUCAACAUUCAUGGUGGACUUGGCUUGUCUGUGAUCCAGAAAAUGCCCCCACAAGAACUCAUAUAUGCCAAGUUAUCAGAUAUUGUCUUUAAGUAUCAGAGCUCCCUUGUACACCGAUCUGUUGACUGUAGUGUACGAGAUAUUCAGGUGGAUAAUCAACUUUUGGCUGCCCAGUGUCCUGUGGUUCUUUAUUUAACACCUCAAAGUAAGAAUGAUGAGACACGCCAUCUUCCUGCUAUUUAUCUUACUGCUCAUCAGAUCUUGUCAUCAUGUACCAAUGCAUAUAUAUUCAAGAACUUAAUGGUGAAAUUGAAAAAUUUGACGGUUACUCUGGAGGAAUCAUUGUUGUUCAAGCUGUUUUUAAUGAUUGGUUAUGAUCAAUCUGACUCCGAGCUAGAAAAAGUGGAGGAACAUCAGUAUGACAUGCGUAGGAUGCUUGCUGCUGCCACCUCAGUUAAUGCAACAAGAUAUUACUUUACUAACCUUGAACUGCACCUUGGCCAAGUUCGACUUAGUGUUCUUACUUCCAAGAAAUUAAGCCCAGAACUAAAGAAUAUAAAAAGAAAAAUGGGGCUCACAUUGGUUAGGUUUGAAAAUGCAAGUGUGAAUCUAGAGCCCUUCAUCCGUUGUCACCCAUUUGAAACUUCUUGCUUCUUGUUGGACUGUAUUGCAAAACACUACAGAGAGGAGCUGAAGUCACAGGCAAUGAAAAUCCUUGGGUCAACAGACUUUUUAGGUAAUCCAUUCGGUUUCUUUGCUGACGUGAGCGAAGGCGUGAAUGAACUGGUUAAUGAAGGAUCGGUGGGUGGACUAGUGUGGAACGUAACACAUGGCAUGGCCAAUUCUACUGCCAAGGUGACGGGGUCACUGUCAGAUGCUGUGGGUCAUGUCACAAUGGAUGAAAAACAUGAGGAACACCGACAGAAGUUACGGGCGCUGCAAGCAGUAAAUGGAGCAGAUCAUAUUGUUACAGGAUUACGAGGCCUUGGUCUUGGCCUUUAUGGUGGACUCACUAGUAUUGUCUCACAAACUUAUACUGGAGCAACUCAGGAAGGUUUUCCAGGCUUCAUAUCUGGCUUUGCAAAGGGAAUGGUUGGCACAGUUACCAAGCCAGCUAUUGGGUUAUUGGAUCUGGCAAGCAGCACAUCUCUAGCUGUUCGUGACACAAGCAAAAAUCCUUCUCAAAAGAUUCCUCGAACACGUAAACCAAGACUUGUUGUUGGGCUGAAUGGAAUGAUUCCUAGGUACUCGGAAAGCCAAGCAUUUGGACAAGAACUCCUUCAAUCCUUUGAUCAAACUGGGACUGAAAUCUUCCUUGGGUAUGAAGUUUUACGGGCAGGAGAGGAAGAUCUGCGUGUUCUCAUCUCCAGUGGACAGGUGCGAGUAUUUAGCCAGAGUGAACCUUCUAUGGCACCCACACCUGUACUUACAGUUUAUUACAGAGAUUUGUAUCAGUGCAAACCAGUUGUUCUUCAAGUAGAUGAAUUAGAAACAGAUCAGAAACACUACAUAGAGUUAAGUCUUAAAGCAGAGAAAUCGGAGACACCCGGCAUCCCUCGACCCUCAGAUCUGCCCUAUAAAAGACCUAAAGUUCGCUGUGAUUCCAGAAGUAUUGCAUUUAAGGUGGCACAGCAGAUCAACUAUGCGAGGAACUUACAUGAUGAGCUACGACAGACACUGCUUACUCAGGAGGAAGAAAAUGUUGAAGAUUAAGUGCUUAUAAAAUUUGCUUCCAGUUAUAAAGAUAGAGAAAUGUCUUUUAGUGCUGUGAUAGUAUGUAAAAUAAUAAUUUAUUAUUAUUAAUAAUACUGAAAUAUAUAGAAAGUGAUGUAUGAGAUGUAGGUAAGGUAAUUUAUUGCCUUGACAUAUGUCUGUGGUUGGUGUAAUCACCAAGUUUACGCUGCUUAUUGUACAUGUAUAUAUUUGUUGACAUCGUUAUGCCUCUUGUAAAAUAUAUACUAUAUCUAUUUUUUAACCUCAUACAUGGAAUAUAUUAUUUUUAAAGUUUAUAAUAAGAGAUGACAGUACCUCAUUCACAACUUGGUUGUAAUGCACCUAUUUUGUGACCAGAACUGGAACCCUGACUACAGCUCAUUUAGUCACUGUUAACUGGGAUAUAUGAGAGAUUUUGUCAGGACCUGUCCCAAAAAUCUCAAACUGGUUAGUGAUGCUGUAUUUAUUGUUUCAAAAUUAGUAAACAUGAGGCUAAAGACUUGCUGUUAGUUAUCAUUCAUUUCACAAAGAUGAAGCUUUAAAUUAUACUGUAGUAGUUGUAUUUAUUUAUUUACUUAUUACUAGUAAAUAAAAAAGGCACAAUACCAUGACUGGAAUGAUACACAAAUAACCCGCACAUGUGUGGAUUAUUUGUGUAUACUUAUUAUUAGUGUGCGUAUUAAUACUCAAGUUCCAUUAACGUGAGAUAAAUCUCUGGUGUAUCAUCUUGCCUUAUCAUAUUUGUGGUCAUGUGUAAAUACAUGGUUACUUCAAACUCCAGACAGGCAGUGCCUUGUUAGCUAGAUCACCUUCACUCCAACCUUUUAACAUGUGUACAUUGAUUCUCAUUGGUUUCAUGCAAGAUUUGCAAAGAUAUUUCACAAACAUUGUUCAUGAAAUUUGAAUAUUUUUUGUAAUAUAAUAAUUUUCUGUGUUAAAAACAGAAUUUCUUUCUUCUAUUUCAUUGCUUUGAUGUAUUGUGUAGUUGUCUUCCUAAUAUUUAGUUCAUGUUAAAAUAUUGUAAAGUCAGACCCUGACUAUAAAGGAAUUGUUGUAUUUUUGUGUUUAUUGGAAAAGUCAGUCAGUCUCUUAAAAUAAAAUCAGUGACUGGCACACUUAAAAUCAUACUUAAUAUAUAUUAUUCAGACUUUUGUUACCUAUGUAAAUUGUAAUGCCUACGGUAAAUGUGUUUUCAUAAUAUACACCUGAAUCUUCAGUUGAUGUGGCCAAGUGGAUUUUUUAAAGCUCAUUUUAUUACCAUUAUAUUUUAUGUUCUUGGAAGAAGUGUGUGAAAGCCUGGAGUUGGUAGGUGCCCAGAAGGUUAUAAACCAAGUUUGUUCAUUUAUGUAGUUGAAGAGAAGUUCAAAUAUUGUGUUGGCUCAGGUGAGUGGCCAGUAAUACAAAGACAUUUGCACUAAGAUUAAUGUGCUGUACCGGAAAAAAGAAAUUUAAUGCCUUUAAAUUGAAGCUGUUUUAUAUUAUAAGAUUUUACAUUUAGUUCUUAUUACUUUGCAUAAUGUCCAUAAUUUAAAAAUAUUGCAAUGUAAUAUUAAUGUCU